AUGCAAAUGGUGCGAAAUUACGUUCGUAAAACCGAUAGAGGGGGUUGGACGGAAGAGCAGAUGAAGAAUGCUGUUUUAGCUGUAGUGGAAAAUAAAAUGGGUUAUUACUUAGCUGCAAAAUCUUUUGAAGUUCCUCAAACUACGUUGGAACGAAAAGUAAAAUUGGCUAAGGAAAAUAUGGACAAUUUACAAAAACUAAAAGCACCUCUGGGUUCAAAAUCUGGCCAUAUGAUCCUAAUGUCUUCACUGAAGACGAUUUUAUCGCUUCUGAGACCACUAAUAUAA